AUGCGUUCUUCUGAUGUUGCCAUGGAGGCCAUUCCGCCUGGAAGUGAUGAGAGAGUGCACCUCUCAGCGCUCCCAACGGCAUUUGCAUUCUCUAUGGUUCAAGGUGUGGAGACUGUGUCCGAAGAAAAGGGGAGCGACAAGGCUCCCUCACUAUGCGGAGGCACUGAAGAGAAUAAUGGAGAUACGCACGCACUCCGUCGCGAUGCUCUGGUAAAGACCGCAGUUUUGGGGGAAUCGGUCCAGUUAACACCCGCAGAACGGCAUAAGUGGGCAAAGUUGAAGGAAGAGUUGUUAGAUGUACUCAAUAACAAAGAGCUACAGGCGGGCAUGCCACCCGCUGGACGCUCUAUGCACCCCAUCGAACUCAUCCCUGGCUCAGCUCCAAGAUUCAUUCCACGGUACAGACGAACCCCACACCUUGAUGAGGAAAUUGGGCGGCAGGCAGACGAACUUCUGAAAAAGGGCACGGUUCAGCCGUCAACUAGCGCCUUUGGGCACAAUCCCGUGCUGGCGAAGGAAAAGGACGGCAGGUGGUGCAUGUGCGGCGACUUCAAGCCCCUCAACACGAUUACAGUGAAGCAGAAGUUUCCGAUACCCAGAGUGGAAGAAAUCCUUGACCGCAUACAGGGUUCGGCGGUAUACGCAGCAUUUGACUUCGCUGAGGCCUUUUUGCAGAUCCCUAUUGAACCCGGAGGACAGGCACAAAACGGCGUUCCACAUCCGCACUCGCAAGCUGGAGUACACUUGUAUGCCCUUUGGCCUUGUGAAUGCACCUGCCGAACUGCAGCGGCAAGUCAAUCACGACUUCCUGCGGCCAAUCGCCGAGGGAUGGGUGGUGAUAUACAUGGAUGA